ACCCAUUUAUGUAUUGAUAAGAUGCGACAUUGCCCACUUGAGGCCAUGUGCCCCAUCUUCAGUCAGGGGUACAACCGUCAUUCCACCUCCUUUGCUUCACCAAUUUAUAAGCUUUGCUUUUCAGGAGAUCUGAGAAGCAAAGUACACCACCAAUCAAGCAAGAUGGGAGUCAUGAGUUUGAGCAGCACGAUGGUGUUAUUACUGGUGAUGAUAUUGUUAGGACAAGAGAUUGGUAAAGUGUCGUCGACUCUAUACAAAGUUGGGGACUUGGACGCUUGGGGUAUCCCAAUUGAUGCUAAAGUCUACACCAAAUGGCCCAAAUCUCACUCUUUCAAGAUCGGUGACUCCCUCUUGUUCUUGUACCCACCAAGCGAAGACUCACUGAUUCAAGUGACGCCCUCCAAUUUCAAAAGCUGCAACACCAAAGACCCAAUCUUGUAUAUGAACGACGGCAACUCUCUCUUCAACCUCACCCAAAACGGUACCCUAUACUUCACAAGUGCAAAUCCCGGCCACUGUACCAAGUACCAGAAGCUCCUCGUAUCCGUCGGCACUUACUCCGCCGAAGCAGAGGCCUUGUCUCCGUCGUCUGCCGCCGACGGUCCCUCGUACCAAAACGCCUUCGGGUCUAUUCCUCUCUCUCAGAAAUCGUCGGCUUCCUCCUCGCUCAUUUCGGCUUUCUCCAUUGUCCUUGCUUCGCUGGCUUCCGCUGUCGUCGGUGCAAUCAUGUGAAAAUGGAUUUUUUGAAUAUCUUUAUUUUAUAAAGCAAACAGUGAUUG